AUGUUCUUCCUCAAGGACUUAUCAUUGAACUUAACGUUACAUCCAUCGUAUUUCGGUCCUCAAAUGGACCAAUACUUGAGAGAGAAGUUGCUCAGCGACGUGGAAGGCACAUGUACCGGACAGUUUGGGUACAUUGUAUGCGUUCUAGAUUGUAUGAACAUCGAUGUUGGUAAAGGUAAGAUCAUUCCUGGGUCCGGUAUGGCAGAAUUCGAGGUCCAUUAUAGAGCAGUGGUUUGGAAACCUUUUAAGGAUGAAGUGGUAGAUGGUGUGGUGACCACAGUUAAUACUAUGGGAUUCUUUGCUGAUGUUGGACCGCUAUCAGUAUUUGUUAGUACCCAUUUGAUUCCUUCAGAUAUGAAAUUCAAUCCAUCAGCUAAUCCUCCAGCUUUUGUAAGUCCUGAUGAAAAUAUCGAAAAGGGCUCCAGAGUCCGUAUAAAGAUCGUGGGUAUCAGAACAGACGUUAAUGAAAUCUAUGCCAUCGGAAGUAUAAAGGAAGAUUAUUUGGGUCCUAGUCCUGCUUGA